ACCUCCACGGAGCUGCACUGGACAAGCGCCACCAUGGACGAUGACGAAGACCAGUACGAUCUCUUCCUGAAACUGUUCGAAGAAACCAUGAACAUGACCGACCCAACCUACGUGGUCAGUAAAACCGUCCAGCUCUGUACGAAGGAAGACGUCAACGAGUUUGGAGCAAGAUUCAUCCCAGUCUUCUACUACGUCAACUUCGCCUUGAGUUACCUCGGUAACGGGCUUGUCCUCUUCAUCCUCCACAAGUACGAGAAGCUCAACACGGUGACAAACAUCUUCCUCUUGAAUCUGGUCCUCUCCAACAUCCUGUUUGCCUCCAGUCUGCCUUUCUGGGCCUGGUAUCAUCUGUCCGAGUGGAUCUUCGGUGCUGCUCUCUGUAAGAUGGUCAGUAGCGCCUACUUCAUCGGGUUCUACAGCUCCAUCCUCUUCCUCACACUCAUGACCUUUGACCGAUACCUGGCCGUGGUGCACGCGGUGGCGGCUGCCAAGAGCAGGAAGCGAGUGUACGCCAUCAUCGCGUCGGUGGUGGUUUGGUGCAUCAGCAUUCUCGCAAGUGUGAAGGAGCUGGUUCUUCAGAAUGUUUCUAAGAACCCUUUAACCGGACUCAUGUGCGAGGAGACGGGGUACUCGAAGAGCACCAUGGACAACUGGCGCCUGGUCAGUUCCUAUCAACAGUUCCUGCUCUUCUUCCUCUUUCCUCUCAUCAUGGUGAUGUACUGCUACAUCUGCAUCACUGUGCGUGUCCUAACCACCCAACUGAAGGAGAGGUGUCGUGCCAUUAAGCUCAUAUUUGUCAUCAUCUUCACCUUCUUUGUCUGCUGGACGCCCUUCAAUAUCGUUGUCCUCCUUCGAGGUAUCAAGAUCUCCCAAUCCAGCCCAGAAGAAGAUCCAUGUGAUGACAGUCUAGACUACGCCCUGUACGUGACCCGGAACAUCGCCUACUUGUACUGCUGCAUCAGUCCUGUGUUUUACACAUUUGUAGGAAAGAAGUUCCAGAGUCACUUGAAAAGACUGAUGGCCAAGAGGAUUCCCUGUCUGAGGAGACAUCUCAGCUUGGACAGCCAGACCACCAGGUCCACAUCCCAGAGGACCCCGUAUUCUGUUUAUGAGUACUGACCACAUAGUUGGCCCAACAUGAAGCCUUGUGGUACUCCACACAGCGCAGAUAUAAUUAAAUGUACCCAUAAUUCCUCCUUAAAAACAUCUGAAAGGUCUCAGUCGGCUGAUAUGUGUACCUAAUGUUGUCUUUCUGCUGGAUUCUCAUAGUGCUAUCCUGAUAUGGACAAAAUCCCACAUCAAUAACAUUACCCGGUCCGCCUACUUCCAUCUACGUAACAUCAAUCCUCCGCCCCUCCUUCACCCCCCACACUGCCGCCAUCCUUGUUCACAGCCUCGUCACUUCCCGCUUGGACUACUGCAACUCUCUCCUCUUUGGCCUCCCUCACAAGUCCCUCCGUAAACUCCAACUGUUCCAGAAUUCAGCUGCCCGCAUCAUAACCCGGACCCCCUCCAUCCAUCACAUCACUCCUGUCCUCCAACAGCUCCACUGGCUCCCGGUGUUCUACCAAUCU